AUGCGUGGAAUAACACCCCUGCUGGAGAGAUGGUUAGGUAACCUUCUGUCGAGACAGUUCGAAGGUCGUCAUUCGAAAGGUGUUGCUAAAACAGUAACCAAACAACGAGUUGAAUCACAUUUCGAUUUAGAGCUGAGAGCGGCAGUAAUGCACGAUAUAUUGGAUAUGAUGCCCGAAGGAAUUAAACAGAACAAAGCUCGUGUUAUAUUGCAACAUUUGAGUGAGGCAUGGCGAUGUUGGAAAGCAAACAUCCCAUGGAAGGUAAUGAUCAUUAAUUUGAUUCUAUUAGCUUAA